UCAAAGUACAUCGCAGAAGUUACACUUGACAACGUGCUCCCGACUUUGUACUUCCCCAACAUGGACGGCAAUAGCAAGACACUAAAAUAUUCAGAGGGAGCGACCGAAGCUUCGGAAGCAAGUGGGGCAGCCUCUCUGGCUUCAUGUUUGGGACGAUUUGGAUGGUGUGUCCCGCUCAGCUAUCGCAUUGAACUGCUUCAACUCUUCAAGCUAGCCGGGCCAGUGGUCAUUUCUCAGUUGAUGGUGUUUAUGAUCGGCAUCGUCAGCACGGUGUUCUGUGGCCACCUGGGGAAAACAGAACUUGCAGCAGUGUCAUUAUCAAUAGCGGUGGUUAAUGUCACUGGCAUUUCCAUUGGCACUGGUUUGUCCAUGACUUGCGAUACCCUCAUAUCUCAGACAUAUGGGAGCGGUAACCUGAAGCGCGUGGGAGUGAUUCUCCAGAGGGGCAUUCUAAUUCUGCUGCUGGCUUGCUUCCCAUGCUGGGCUGUCCUCAUACAAACUGAACCUCUUCUACUGGCUGUCAAACAGAGCCACGAUGUUGCCAGACUGUCACAACUUUACGUGAAGAUCACCAUGCCUGCUUUGCCGGCGGCAUUUAUGUACCAGCUACAAGGGAGAUAUCUUCAAAAUCAGGGAAUCAUUUGGCCUCAGGUCAUAACGGGUGCAAUUGGAAACAUCCUAAAUGCAGUCAUCAACUACAUCUUCCUCUAUCCACUCAAUUUGGGAGUUGCUGGAUCCGCAGCAGCCAACGCAAUCUCACAGUACGUGUUGGCCGUGGUCUUAUUUGUUUACAUUUGCUGGAGAGGUUUGCACAAAGCGACAUGGGAAGGUUGGUCACUGGACUGUCUUCAAGAGUGGGGGCCCUUUGUCAAACUGGCCAUACCGAGCAUGCUCAUGCUUUGUCUUGAGUGGUGGAUGUUUGAAGUGGGAGGGAUCCUUGCUGGCUUAAUUAGUGAGGCAGAGCUCGGAGCUCAAGCUAUAAUAUAUCAGCUGGAAACUGUAAUUUUUAUGUUCCCACUUGGAUUUUCUGCUGCUGCCAGUGUACGAGUGGGGAAUGCUCUUGGUGCAGGAAACAUUGAGCAGGCCCAGCUGUCUUGCAAAGUUCCUAUCAUCUGUGCAUUCAUAAUGGCCUGUUUCGUGGGAGCUACUCUCAGCCUUUGCAGGAAUGUCAUUGGAUACAUUUUCACCACAGAAGAAGACAUUUUGAAAAGGGUUGCUGAUGUAGUGAUGAUUCUCGGCUUCAUGCAUCUCGCUGAUGCUGUUGCGGGAGUGAGUGGAGGUGCCAUUCGAGGAGCGGGGAAACAAAAGAUUGGCGCUGCAUGUAAUCUGGUGGGAUACUACAUUAUUGGCCUUCCCAUCGGUGUGUCCUUGAUGUUUGCAGCAGGAAUGGGCAUCAUAGGAUUUUGGACAGGACUUACUGUUUGUGUGUCGAUGCAGUCUAUUUUCUUCAUCAUAUUUUUGUAUAAGCUUGAUUGGAAGAAGGUUGCUGAAGAGGCACUCUUGAGAGCUGGAAUCGAGGUCAAGGUUGAUCAGGACAUGUCCCCAAUGAAAGAUUUAGACUCGAACCCCAAACUGGGUAAGGCUAAUGACACUGCAUUCAGUUGUGAGAGCGCUGAAGAGGACCACAACCCCCAAGAGUUUCCUGACCAACAUAAAUUUGGAAUCACCAUAGUUGGAGAUGUUCUCUCACUACCACAGCUGCUGUUGCGCCGUGGCUUGACUUUAUUUUUAGUGGUUGUCAUCCUUGUGGUCGGAAUCUUAGCCAAUCAAUUUUUCACUGAAAGGCUGAAAUGAUUCUUUGCCUGGUUUGAUUGCUCAAUCAUCUCCUAAAGCAGUGGUUCUCAACUGGUUUGAUUGGGGACCAGAGGUGGGUAGAGUAGCCAGAAAUUGUACUCAAGUAAGAGUACUGUUACUUUAGAGAUUUAAUACUCAAAUAAAAGUAAGGAGUAGUCACCCAAAUAUUUAAUUGAGUAAAAGUAAAAAGUAUGUUGUGAAAAAACUACUCAAGUACUGAGUAACUGAUGAGUAACCUGUUCGUUUAAUGAUGACUGCAACAAAUAAUGCACAAAAACAUAAAAAUAGCAAUGAGCAAAUUCAGAGCCAGGAAUAUCUCUUAAGCAACUAAAACAAUAAUAUAUAUUAAAUAAUAAUACAUUAACAUAAAAACCAUAAACUGAUAGGUGUGAGCUGCACGUGGCUUUGGAGCAAUCAAAGCUGCUCACACAGUCACUAAGGUGGGCACCUUGUUUGACAUGUCAACUUAAUGUGUAUUUAUCCAUGAGAGCAUUUUUGUUGUAAAUUGUGAGGUGUGUCAGUUAAAAUCAAGGUUGUUUUUACAAAUGAUGACAGAUGUGAACAAGAGCAUGUAUUGUCUUUGUGUGAUAAUGUAAAUGAGGUGUGGUUGUAUUGUAUAUUAAGUAUGUGUCCAUUAAAGGGCAUUUUAUGACUUUUUUCUUAAUACUUGUGUAUGAUUUCAUUGUCAUAAUUUUAUUGCAUGAUUUUUGUAUCCCUUUAAUUUAGGUAGCCAGGGACUGCAGAUGGAAAUUAGCUAUUUAGCUAUAAUCUGGUACAGAACAUAUCUGUCUGAGCUUAAUGUUUCUGUGCAUUGUCCCUUCAAAUAAAGACUAAACUAACUAAACCUGGGAACACACUGUGCACUUCUAAUUG